AUACAGCAAUCAUGAAUUUAAAAAUAUGUCUAUCAAUGGAAAUAGCUUCAGUUUGACCAUACUAAUGAGUUCCAGAUGUUUUAAACAUAAAUUCAUUUCAAGUCCUAAAUAGAAAAUAAACAGUUGUGAAGGGAAUCUUACAAUAAAAAGUCAAAAUGACGAUGUCAGAGGCGAUGCUGUCGGAGAAUUCCAUCAUUUCUCCGAUAGAACAGCAAGGGAACUUCUUCAUCAUGGACUCUGAGCAGUUGGUGUCCAACCCAUUCCAAGAAAUGCAAAAUGACGCUAUGGACAACCAGAAAAAAUCUUCGCUUACAGAGAGAUUAGUCAGUGUCAAAAAUAAUGUCUGUGAAAAGCACUUCUUAAUAAAGGCAGACAAACUCAACAAGGAACUUUCACAUAACAUGAAAAAAAUUCACGAAAAUUCUAGUGAACUCAGAUAUCAAAUUAAACUGUACGACAUCAACAAACGGAAAAUCGAUUUGGAGACCAAGCGGCGCAUGCAGCCUAAGAAAGACUUUUCCUAUGAUGCUUUCCAGAUCACAAAUUCAGAGAAAAGACUUGGUGUCCUGAGUGAUUGUUAUUACCUGGAGAAAAAACAGAAAUUUCCAAUUCGUGGAAGGAAUAUGAAUGACCUUAAUGCUACACCAACUGUGUCUAGAGCCCGGAAUAUGUUACGUCAGCAAGAAAAGGAAGAUCGUGAAGAAGAACAAAAUAGCACAAUUUCAGCACUCAGACUCUCUACUCCUGGUACACUUUCACUCACUUCUAACAGAACUUCAAUUUAUCAAAGGAGAGGAUCCAAAUCUGCUCCUGCCUCCAAAAUGUCUGCUUCUCUCAGAGGAACAUUAAACAGUCAAGAUGGUGAUUCCGCUAAGCUUCCCUCUAUUGAUCGACAGAAAACCAAGGACUCUCAUGUAAAAUUCACUGAAAAUGUGCAAACCUCUACUCCUGAAAAACGAGUUAGACCUCAUACACAUGGUCCUAGGAUAACUCGCCGGCUUAAUGCCUGGGACAGUGAUGAUGACGAUGAUGAUUUUGGAUCAACAGACUACAUUAAUCUUCGCCAGCUUCUCUUUGGUGCUGAAGGCAAGACAAACACAAAUGGAUCAAGUGGAACCCCUAGAACACUGACUCGAGAAAGCUCAAGAUCUGUUCCCAAUUUACGGCGCACAACUGCUUCUAAAGUGACCCAAGAAUCUCUUCGAGCAGAGCGUAAACAGAUUGACAAAAAAAUCAACAAGUUUUUUGAAAGCUUGAAUGAUGAAAACUCAAGUGAGGAAAGUGAAGAGGAGCCUGAACCAGAGCCAGAAAAAGAGAAAGAGAAAGUACCAGCUUUGGCAAAGGCUGCCGUGCUUCUGAACAUCUUUUCCAAAUCUGCCCCUGUUGAGGAGAACCCUUUCCUAAAGGCGAAGAUCGAGCGAGAGGCAAGUAAAGAGGCAGGGAAAGCUGAACUUGAUCGAUCCACAAGUUCUCGCUCCAUACGUUCUAACAAAUCUGCUAAGGACGAAAACGCAUCCAAGAAAAAUCUGUGGAAGUUUAUUAAAACCAAUGUGAAUAAUGGAAAGAUCCAUCGCUGCAAUUCACCUAGUCAGAUUAUUUUGCAGCAGAUGACACAUCUUGACUUGAGUCAUAACGAUGUUUCACGAGUGCCUCUGCACUCUGCGAGUCGAGCUCUGAGACAUACACCCACAUUCAAAAUGAGAAAGGUUGUGGAGAAACUAAUGAAGAGUCGGACAAAAUUCCAACAACAAGAAGUAGACUUUUUACGACAGCAGUUGGAAUUGGGUGAAGAUAUUUCUGAAAUUCCACCUCAGCCCAAUUCUGGAGUUCCUGGAUUUCAGUCAAUAGUUACCUAACCUUAGAUCUGCUAAAUUGUGUGGAAUCUCAGUUAUGUUUAAAGAAGUCUGUGGGUGUGAACUUGAGAGAGUAUUGUGUUCUUAGCUGUGGCUGAAUUUGUGGGGUGUGACUGUGAAUUCUAUGAAUGAAUUCCUUGGAUUUAACAAAUAACAAGGUGUCACAUUCUGGGUGAUUAUCUGUAGCAGUAUACAUAUUGUCUACAAUUACUGAUCAAAGUUUCAACUAUUUUUAAAGGCCAUAGGUUAACAGAGGUUGUCUACAUCUGAAAUCAUGUAAAC